UGACUCCAAGCUUUUCUCUCCUUCGCUUCUUUUUUUCUCUCCUCCUAGCCUGUAUGUGGACUGUUAUAAGGCAAGGAAAGUUUGAAAAGUUAGUCUCAGUUUCUCUCUGGUCCCAAACUUGGAUUUCAAGAAAGUGGUGACUGUUUUCAAGAAGUGACGGGGAAAGUCCCUAAGGGCUCUCUUCUUACUUCUCAGUAACUUUCCAGCUAAAACUCCUUCAUCAUGGGUGACUGGAGUGCUUUGGGGAGGCUCCUGGACAAGGUACAGGCUUACUCCACGGCUGGAGGGAAGGUGUGGCUCUCUGUCCUCUUCAUCUUCAGGAUCCUGGUGCUGGGGACGGCUGUGGAGUCUGCCUGGGGGGACGAGCAGUCCGCCUUCAAGUGCAACACCCAGCAACCUGGUUGUGAGAACGUGUGUUAUGACAAAUCUUUUCCUAUAUCACAUGUACGGUUCUGGGUGCUACAGAUUAUCUUUGUCUCGACGCCGACUCUUCUGUACCUUGCCCAUGUGUUCUACCUGUUGCGAAUAGAGCAGAAGAUUAACCGCAAAGAGGAAGGGCUGAAAAACAUCCAGAACGAUGGAGGCGACGUGGACGUACCUCUGAAGAAGAUUGAGUUAAAAAAGCUCAAGCAUGGGCUGGAAGAGCAUGGGAAGGUUAAGAUGAAGGGAGCCCUCUUGAGAACCUACAUAUUCAGCAUUUUCUUCAAGUCCAUUUUUGAGGUGGGCUUCCUGGUCAUACAGUGGUACAUUUACGGCUUCAGCUUGGCUGCUGUCUACACCUGUGAGAGGUCCCCCUGCCCCCACAGAGUCGACUGUUUCCUCUCCCGACCUACUGAGAAAACUGUCUUCAUCAUCUUCAUGCUGGUGGUCUCUCUGGUCUCCCUGCUUCUGAACGUCAUUGAGCUCUUCUACGUGAUGUUCAAGAGGAUCAAGGACCGCGUGAAGGGGAAACAACCGCCCGUCCACUACCCUGGCACUGGGACGUUAAGCCCCACUCCCAAGGAUCUGUCCACCACUAAGUAUGCCUACUAUAACGGCUGUUCCUCUCCCACUGCACCGCUGUCCCCCAUGUCACCCCCAGGGUACAAGCUGGCCACUGGGGAGAGAACCAACUCCGUUCGCAACUACAACAAGCAAGCCAAUGAGCAAAACUGGGCCAACUAUAGCACGGAGCAGAACCGCCUGGGCCAGAAUGGCAGCACCAUCUCCAACUCCCAUGCACAGGCCUUUGACUUUCCUGACGACACCCAGGAGAGUAAGAAACUGACCCCAGGGCACGAGCUGCAGCCGUUGGCCCUGAUGGACCCUAGGCCCUGCAGUCGGGCCAGCAGUCACAUGAGCAGUCGGCCGAGGCCAGAUGAUCUAGAUGUCUAGCCCCCCAACCCCCCCCCCCCUCCCAUUGGUGCCAGAGAACAGAGAGCUCAAGGAAGCAUUCUCAAAGUGCUGAAGGGGGCGGGGCAUAGCCCAUUCACUGUCCUAGAGAAUCUAGUCAAUAAAGAGACAUUCAAAUACUUACACUGUUGGAGGUACUAUACAUGUAUUGAUGACUUUGAAACUAGUGGAGCUAAGAAGCUUUAAAAAGAAAACAACUAGUAGGCGAAGAACAUGUGACCGUGUUCCGAUAACUGUGCCCAACAGUCCCUCAUUUCACUUUAGAAGAAUAUGCCUUGGCGAUGUGUUUGGUUUAGUUAUCAUGUUUUUACCUGUAGGUUUCAUUAUGCAGGAUGGCAUUUAUUGUCAUGAAUCUUGCCCUGGAGGCAGCUCUGGAAAACACUGCACACUGCUGCUCAUGCUCCAGGUGAUUUUAUUAUAACAACGUUUCGACCGUUAGGUCUUCAUCAGGCAUCCAUAUCCCAGGUGGGGGUGGAAAAGUGGUCACUAGCUGGCACAGCCACAAAGUCAAACAAUCUGAUUUUGAACUUCUUACCUUAAUCUUAACCACACUGCUAACCCUAAUGCCUAACCCUAACCUUAAAUUAAGACCAAAAAGCACUUUUUCUUUUCAAGC